CCUCUGCAUGUCCUCUCCUGGUGGUCAGUCUGAGCAUUUCUGUCUUUCAGAUGAAGAAACAGAGGCUCAGAGAGGUGAAAUAACCCCGCUGAGGUCACCCAGCAGAAGACAGGUUGUGUCUCUUCACUAAGAUGCCUGCUUAACCCCCACCUUCCGGAACAGGUAAAGCUCUGAGACAGAGACAGAAGCCAGCCAGCACACCUCUAAUGGCCUUUGGAUGACAUACGGGACGUCGGACGCAGGCUGGCCACCUCUCCACGACACUGACGUCAGCCUGAGCAGUCCCCCUCCCCCGCGGCCUCUGUGGACCCCUGGCCACUUGGAUCGCACGGUGACUCUGGGAAUUGCUUCCCAUUUCCACUCAGCUGGGUGGGAUUUCCUCCCACCUUCGCAGGGACGCCCCCCGGAAAGCCACGGCGAUGGCCAUGAGGAAGCGAACCCUCAAAUUGCUCACCUUCCUCGUGCUCUUCAUCUUCCUCACCUCCUUCUUCCUCAACUACUCCCACACCGGGGUGCCCACCACCUGGUUCCCCAAGCAGAUGGUCCUGGAGCUCUCAGCAAACUUCAGGAAACUCAUCAAAUUCCAGCCGUGCACCUGUGCCAGCUGCCUCAGCCAGCACGGGGUCUCAGCCUGGUUCGACCAGCGCUUCAACCAGACCAUGCAGCCGCUGAUGAAUGCCCACAACGCCCUCAUGCCCCAGGACACCUACCAGUGGUGGCUGAGGCUGCAGCGGGAGCGGAAGCCCAGAAACCUGAGCGACCUCGUGCAGGAGCUGUUCAGCAUAGUGCCCGGGGACGUGGACCCGGUGCUGGAGAAGAGGGUGGUGGGCUGCCGGCGCUGUGCCGUCGUGGGCAACUCGGGCAACCUGCGGGAGUCCUUCUACGGGGCUGAGAUAGACAGCCAUGACUUCGUGCUCAGGAUGAACAAGGCACCCACCAUGGGGUUUGAGGCCGACGUGGGGAGCAAGACCACCCACCAUCUCGUGUACCCCGAGAGCUUCCGGGAGCUGGGAGAGAACGUCAGCAUGGUCCUGGUCCCCUUCAAGACCACAGACCUGCAGUGGGUGAUCAGCGCCACCACCACGGGCACCAUCACCCACACCUACGUCCCCGUCCCCCCGAAGAUCAAAGUGAAGCAGGAUAAGAUCCUGAUCUACCACCCGGCCUUCAUCAAGUACGUCUUCGAUAACUGGCUGCAGGGCCACGGGCGGUACCCGUCCACCGGCAUCCUCUCGGUCAUCUUCUCCAUGCACGUCUGUGACGAGGUGGACUUGUACGGCUUUGGGGCAGACAGCAAAGGGAACUGGCACCACUACUGGGAGAACAACCCAUCGGCGGGGGCUUUCCGGAAGACAGGGGUGCACGACGCGGACUUCGAGUCCAACGUCACCGCCGCCCUGGCGGCCAUCAACAAAAUCCGCAUCUUCAAGGGGAGAUGACGCCCAGGGGGGGCUGGGGGUGUCCUGCACCACCUCGCACCUCUCUCUGCUCACAACCACAGCAUCUUGCUGGAGCCAAUCCGUUCUGGAAGCUUCCAGGGCCGGCCUUGGGUAUGCUCCAGCGUGCUCCUGGCCUCUCGCAUCUCCACCUUUGACAUCAAAGUCGCCCCAUUGUGUGCCAGGGCCGCAAAGAAGGCCCCGGCCCCUCCCCUGCAGCGGUCCCCAGGCCGGGGCAAGGUGGGAAGAUGCUGGGAAGGACACAAGCUUCAAAGAGGACAAUCAUUGGGGCUUUUGGAUUUCAGGGCACAAAACACAGUGGACUCCCCUAUUCCAAAGGCCAGGCAGUCUCCCAGGAGGAAAGUGGGCAGAGGCUGACUCCCGGGGAGAGCUGCAGUGCACACUCAGCACCCAGCUCGCGCCGGGAUGCUUGUAAGUGACCGUUACCUCCAGGACAGCCACGCUGGGCCAUCCAGGCACAGGGCGACCAUGAUGCCCUUUGCACGAAGCCUGGCCUCUUGCUUGGUGUGACCACCCCUCGGUCCCCCUCUGUUUCCAAAGCUCCCGGAGGGGCCUGCCCGCGUCAUGUGCCUUUGAACUCGGGGAGACACGCAUGCGUUGGCUGAAAGGAGGCCAAAGCUCCAACUCCAGAAAGGGGGGGCUCCACCAGCACCCCGACUUUUGCUGCAUAGCCGGCGUCCUUUGCUCCCCCCAGUGUUCUGAGCCAGCUCUGGAGUUGGAAUGAAGCUAGGAUGGCGGGGUCCGCGGGCUGGACACACCGUCCAGCCUGGUGUCUGUGACCCUCGAAAGCCACACGAGGACCCCCCGGCAGCCAGCCUUGCCCCCGGGGGCCUCAGGUCUGGGCCAAGUAGGGGCCACCUCUGUGGUCUCCUGGGGGCCGGAGUGGGGACACCCACGAAAUGGCGACCGGCUCUCUACAUACCUCGUCUCCCUCCGUCCUGUCUGCGCUCCUCGCCUCGCCUCGUUGCCUUCCUGGUUAUUUAUUGGUAUUUUAAGCAAGUUCAGCUGACACGGCGCGCAUGCGCUGGCUCUGCUGCUCCCGGUGUUGCGUUAAGCGUCAGAGCUCGGAGCGGGGAGCUGAAGGAGGCCCCUCCCCUAGUCCUCACGGGGGCUUCGGGGUGUGAGGGGGUGCAGCCCCGGGGUUCGGGAAAUGAUCUGUGCAUGAGCUUGUGCUCCCUCCCUCCCUUUUUUCCUUCCUUCAUUCUUCCCUACUUUCCUUCCUUCCCCGCCUCUGCCCAUCUCUCUC